AUGUAUCUACUUAUCGUAUUUUUGCCCCUGCUCGGUAGUUCCGUAGCAGGUUUUUUCGGACGUUUUCUAGGAUCAGAAGGAACCUCUAUAAUGAUCACUACGUGCGUUUCAUUCUCUUCGAUCUUAUCUUUGAUUUCUUUUUAUGAAUUUGCACCGGGAGCUAGUGCUUGCUAUCUAAGAAUUGCUCCAUGGAUCUCAUCGGAAAUGUUUGAUGCUUCUUGGGGCUUCUUUGGCGACCGUGAAGUCACCGGAUGA